AUGACUGCGCUGCAGGUUCAGAAGGGCGAUGUGGUUCUUCUCUCGGGGCGACGAAAGCGAGAAACCGUCGCCAUUGUGAUGCCGGAUAAGAGCCUCGAGGCGCGCCACGUCUCGCUCCACGAGCACGCACUAAAACACAUCAAACUGCAUGCGCAGGACGUCGUGAAGGUCACCCCGCAGCGUCUCCUCCCCCACGCUCGAAGGAUCUUUGUGCUGCCUUUCUCGGACACACUCGCAGACGUUCGAGACGGAGACGCCGAACGCGGAGAGACAAAAGACGCCUCGCGAGGAGACCGAGACGGAGACAAACCGUCAGUGGAGGAAGUGGCGGCCAAGUUUUUCCGCCACACGUCGCGACCUGUGAAGCUCGGGGACCAAUUCGUUUUGGAGUUCCCCAAAAACGCGAAGGGAGACAGAGGCGAAACCGCCGGAAAAGUUGAAGUCAAAAUCAUGCAAAUCGACACAGACGGAAAAGACGACCAAGACCUCGCCCUCGUCGACGACGCCACGGAAAUCAUCUGCGAUGGCGAACCUCUCGAUCGAGCGCAGUUCGACACCUCCUCGAUGAUCACCUACGACGACGUGGGCGGCCUAAAGAAGGAAUUGACGCUCAUCCGGGAACUCGUGGAGCUGCCGCUGAGAUUCCCCGAAAUCUUCAAGCAAGUGGGCGUACAGACGCCUCGAGGCGUUUUGCUGCACGGCUCGAGUGGAUGCGGAAAGACGCUCCUCGCGAAGGCGAUCGCGAACGAGUGCGGCGCGAACUUCCUGACCGUAAAUGGCCCGGAAGUCAUGUCCAAGUUGGCUGGUGAGAGCGAGGCGAAUCUGCGCCGGAUUUUCGAAGAGGCGGCGGCGCUGUCUCCGUGUCUCCUUUUCAUCGACGAGAUCGAUUCAAUCGCGAGCAAGCGCGACAAGACGCAGGGCGAAGUCGAGAAACGCAUCGUGGCCCAGCUUCUCACGCUUAUGGACGGCGUCAGCAGCGACAAAAACAUUGUCGUCCUCGCGGCAACAAACCGACCGAAUCAACUUGAUCCUGCGCUGCGCCGCUUUGGGCGUUUCGAUCGCGAGAUUGAGAUUCCGAUCCCCGACGAGCAGGGUCGGACGGAGAUUCUGAAGAAGAAAGCGGCCAAGAUGAAUUUAGGCUCCGACGUUGAUCUGGAGAAGAUUGCGAAGGACGCUCACGGAUUCGUCGGCGCGGACAUGGCCCAGCUGUGCCUCGAAGCGGCGAUGCAGUGCGUCCGCGAGAACUGCCGGUUUGUCGACUUUGACAAAGACGAAGUUGACCCUGAGACUCUUGCAAAGUUCCAAGUUCGCAUGCCGCACUUUGUCCACGCGUUGUCGGUGGUAAAUCCGAGCGCUCUGCGAGAAAGGCAUGUGGAGGUACCUGACGUCCGGUGGGAAGACAUUGGCGGUUUGGAAGAAGUGAAGGAAGAACUCGUCGAAACAGUUCAGUACCCUGUCGAGCACGGAGAGAAAUUCCACAAAUUCGGUUUGGCUCCAAGCAAGGGUGUGCUCUUCUACGGACCGCCGGGGUGCGGCAAGACUCUCCUCGCGAAGGCUGUGGCGAACGAGUGCAAAGCAAACUUCAUCAGCGUGAAAGGACCAGAACUCCUAACGAUGUGGUUCGGCGAGUCGGAAGCGAACGUGCGUGAUCUCUUCGACAAAGCGAGAGCUGCGGCGCCGUGCGUGAUUUUCUUCGACGAGAUGGAUUCCAUCGCCAAGGCCAGGGGGUCGGGGACGGGAGGCGGCGGCGAGGCUGCCGAUCGCGUGAUAAACCAAAUCUUGACGGAAAUCGACGGCAUCGGGAAGCGAAAACCCAUUUUUGUCAUCGGCGCAACCAACCGGCCUGAUAUCCUGGACCCGGCGGUGACUCGGCCGGGGCGUCUCGACCAGCUUUUGUACAUUCCGCUUCCAGAUUUCAAGAGUCGCGUGAACAUUUUCAAGGCCGCACUUCGAAAGUCGCCGCUAGCCCCCGAUGUGGACAUUGAAGACAUGUCGCGCCGUCUCGAGGGCUUUUCAGGUGCCGACAUCACGGAGAUUUGCCAGCGUGCGGCGAAGAACGCGGUGAGGGAAUGCAUCCAGUCAGAGGUCGCGCGCGGAAGGCCCCUGGAGAAAGGCGAGAAGGAUCCCGUGCCGUUUAUCUCGAAAAAGCACUUCGAUGAGGCGUUCAAAUAUGCCAGGCGGUCGGUUCCCGAAGACAUGGUGAAGGUUUAUGCACAAUUCAACUCCAUGAUGAAGCGGCGGCGUGUCGCAGAGAAAGAGUCGGAAGAAACGAAGGAUCCCAACGCGUGA